CAAAGAGUGCAUACAUUAGAAAAACAAACAAAAUGUACGCAAGAAGUCAGUAGCUGCUAUCGAUCUGUUUGAGGUUUUAGAUCUGUUUAAGUAGUGAAUCAUUCAAUCAAACACUUGUACUACAUUAUACAUUAUUACUAACAACAAAGCUAAUACUACUGCUGCUAACACAAAUAUCACCCUUUUUUUUGAAAGAGAAAUAUUCAAUCUUUUCAAGUAGUAUUGCUUCCACCAUAGUCGAAAUUUUAAUUAUACAUUUAUACCAAUUCGUACUCGUUUUUGUUAAUUAUAUUAUUGUUGACAACUUCAACUGCUCAGAAUAAUAUAUUAAGCAUAAAUUUCAAAGCUUGAUCCUUUUCCGAACGAGGAUUACCAAUGGCGGGCACCAAUUAUUCCGCUGCCUUCUCCUUCGUAACUCCUAAUAUCACCUCAAAUAUCAGACCACGCAAAUUGCUCCUCUUAGCUUAUACAACAACGACCCCAUCAAAACACGUAAAGUAUACAAAGCGAAGAAACUCAUUACGACCCAAAAUCCUCAAAAUCCCACCUCAACCUCACUCACCACCUACUCACCGUCCUUCUCUUCCUCAAAAACCUCCCGAAAACCCCGUCAUUCUUGUUAUACCGCCCGAAACCCUGAAUGAGGAGCUUCCGGUCGCCGCAGAGGACAACAAAGUGGAGGAAGAGGAGCUUCGGUCGUCUGAGACCACCGGAAUAUCUAAUGGCAGUGUUGGUGAAAUUUCUGGUAGGUAUUUUUUGAAGUUUGGUGUGUAUUUGUGUGGCGCUUUUGUGCUUCAGACUGUAUAUGCUGUUUGGGUUUUGGCUAAUCAGAAAGAUAGGGAUUUGGAUAGUUCAUAUUCUGAGAAGAACAGGGUUUCUUUGAGUAGAGAUGAUAAAGCUUUGAGCUUUGAUUCAGUGUCUGAGAGUAGCAAUCUGGGUUCUUUUGAUGAAGUUCAAGUGGGUGAGAAAAUUGAAGAAAUUAGAGCUAUGGCUAAGCAAGCUCGGAAAGUUGAAAGAAAUGAGAAAAAUGGGCAAAAGAAAGAUUCGAGGACUAGGAAAAUUGGUUUUGGUGAAAUAUUGAGUACUAAGAGUAGAACUGGGAUUGAGAAAGAGAUUGAAACGAGGUUGAGGAAGUUGGAGAAUAGUUUGAAUUCUGAUAAAGAGAAGUUUACAGGAACAUAUGCCAACUAUUUUAUCAAUGCUGAGAAGAAGGUAGAAGAUGAAGUGAGAAAGAAUAGUUUGGAUGAGAGAAAGGAGAAUGAGAAUCAGAUGUAUAAGAAAAAACAUAAAUUUAAAAGUCCUUCUAUUGAUACAAGAAAGAAUUUGAAGGGGUUUGGUGAUUCAGAAAAGUAUAAAGUGUCAAAGGGGAAAAGGGAUGGUUUCAGUGACAAAAUAAUUGCAGAAAAUGGAAGUGUUCGAAAUGAAAAAUUGGGAUCACAGGUAGAAGAAGAGAAGGAUUUGACAAAAAAUGUUUUGAGCGAUUCGAACAAAGGGGUGAGCAGAGGAAGUGGUGGUGAAAAGAAAGCAAGUAAAAUAGGAAGACCAAGAAAUGGUGUUUUACAUCAGGAGGGUAGACUUGAGGAGACUUCAGCUGAAUCAGCAAAAUCAAGGAAGUCAGGGAUGGGAAGUGAUGAAACUUUAAUGAAAGAGAACCAUGAAACCAUAGAAGGACACAGUGAUGAUCUUGUCUCGAGUAGAAAUGGUAGUUCAAGACAAGAAGUAGCUGGAAAGAAACGAGUAUCCAAUAGUAUUCCAAAGCCUCAAUCGAACAGUGAAACUGAUAUGUGGUGGUUGGGUCUUCCUUAUGUUCUAGUUGUUCUUAUGCAUCGAGGUUCUGAUCCUGAAGGACCAGAAGGACUUUACACCUUAAAGCCUGGUAUUGAAGCCCGAAACCAGAAUGAUUAUUCGUAUACUGUUGCAUUUGAAGAUCGCAGUGAUGCCAAUAACUUCUGUUUUCUGUUGGAAUCAUUUUUUGAAGAUCUGGGUGAUGUUAGAGCUGAUAUUGUUCCUUUGUCCAUAAAAGAACUCCAAGAAGCAAUAAACUCAAACAAAUUGAAGGUAAUUGUUGUAAAGAAGGGUCAGCUUCAACUAUAUGCUGGGCAACCAUUUGCUGAGGUUGAGAUGGCUUUGCGCUCUUUGGUUAAAUAAACUAUACGAAAACUUUAUUUUUUUGAAUUGUCAAAGUCGCUCUUUGGGGUAUCAUUUGAUUUUUGUGUAAUGGUAAUAGUAAUGGUAAUAUAAUAGUUAUCAUUUUUGGAAUGGUAACAGGAUUGAGUGUGGAUAGACUCUAUUAUUCUUUUAGGAAUUAUGAUUAUAUAGAUUUUUUUUUUAAU